AGACGCUGCUGCAGCACACUUCUUAAGAGGUCGAGCUUGACGCCUGGGAUCGGGUAAGGCGAGAAUCUGCCUUGGCGGCUUCGGCUACGGCUGCGGCCACCAACAGGCCCUCGACGUCUGUCGGUCCGAACGCUGGGUCGCGCUGGUGGCCGAGGUCCUGGCUGAUUCCGAUCAAGCCUAGUAACCAGGAAGCUAUCUCCGGAGACCAUCGCCCAAGCCAUGGCCGACGGGUUGAGAUCUGCUUGGGAGGAUCGGUGGGCCAUCCUGUUGGCUUGAUCGCCGGCGGACAGCGACACCGAGUUCUGGGCCAUCUUCAAACACCGCCUGCGGUGUUUGCUAGACGCACGUCGAUCUAACUCGGCCCUCGGCAGCGCCGCAGAUCACUCCAACCCGCGACGGACACAACCGUUACCGACCCCAGCCGCCAUUUUUCGUGCGACGGCGGAAGGAGCGGCCGCCGGAAACGGGCGCUUGUCCUGCGCGCAUGCGUAGCUUGUCUGCGCUUGCGCACGACGGGCGUUUACGUCGUGACGUCUGAACGAGAGGACGCGAGUGUUUUCUGAGAGUGCGCAGUAGGGUCGGUCGGCCGCGAGCAGGCACCCUAGGCCAAAGACUGGAACGGUGCGAAGAUGGGGGCGGCGGCCGCAGAGGCCGACCGCACUCUGUUCGUGGGUAACCUGGAGACGAAGGUGACGGAGGAGCUCCUCUUCGAGCUGUUCCACCAGGCUGGGCCAGUAAUAAAGGUGAAAAUCCCAAAAGAUAAAGAUGGCAAAUUGAAGCAGUUUGCAUUCGUGAAUUUCAAACACGAAGUGUCUGUUCCCUAUGCCAUGAAUCUUCUCAAUGGAAUCAAACUUUUCGGGAGGCCUAUCAAAAUUCAGUUUAGAUCAGGAAGUAGUCACGCCUCUCAGGAUGCCAGUAUGUCACAUCCCCAGCAUCAUGUCGGAAACUUAAGCCCUACCUCCACAUCUCCUAACAGCUAUGAAAGGACAGUGGGUAACGUGACUCCGCCGGCACAGAUGGUCCAGAGGUCCUUUUCAUCUCCAGAAGAUUAUCAGCGGCAAGCAGUGAUGAACAGUGCUUUCAGACAGAUGUCAUAUGUUGGGAAAUUUGGUUCUCCACAUGCAGAUCAGUUGGGAUUUUCACCAUCAGUUCAACCACAUGGUCAUACCUUUAACCAGUCUUCCAGCUCCCAGUGGCGCCAAGAUGCACUGUCAUCCCAGCGUAAAAGACAGAAUUCUCACCCCUACCUAGCAGAUAGACACUAUAGCCGUGAGCAGCGCUACUCUGAUCAUGGGUCUGAUUAUCAUUACAGAGGAGGCCGAGAGGAUUUCUACUAUGAUGACAGGAGUCAUGAUGGCUGGAGCCAUGACUACGAUAACAGAAGGGACAGUAGUAGAGGUGGGAAGUGGCCCUCAUCCCGACACUAACAAGCAUUCCAAGGACACUGUUUAUAGGGCCAUUUUAGGUCCUUUUAAUUAAGUUGUUGCAGAAAUAUUUCUAAAAGCUGUACAGAGUAAUCCCACGAUUUUCCACCUGUCUUUGAAAAAAAUUUUUUAAAACCUUGUAACAGUUUGAUAGAGAACUGAGAACUGCGGCUCCUCGUGUGCUACAUUAAUUACCUAACCUCAGGGGUCUGAAGAGGAAGGUCCAUACAAAAGAAUGUCACCAUUCUGGUCAUUUCAGACGUUCUCAGAAAAAUGAACUGUAUAGAUUGGUUGUAUUAUAAAGCAAAUAUUUUAAUUAUCUCACCUUUUGUGAUGCAAAAAAUGUCUUGGUAAUGAAUCAGUUUGGUGUCUAGAAUAGGAAACAUCUAAGUUGGUAGUCUGAAAUGGCUGUCUGCAUUUUGUUAAUAAAUGAGAAAAUAGAACUUCUCAGUCAUCCGUUUAUUAAUAGUUUAUUUAAAACAGUUUAUUGGCUUUGUUUGGAGAUAAAUCCUAUUUCCUAACUCAGAAUUUAAGUACAAAUUCUGUGGUAUGCUCUUGAAUUUUAUCACAAUUGAACAUACAUUAUAAAUCUUUACUAGUUCAUUCUAAGAACUUUAAAAUUCUUUCAUUAAAUCAUAUUUGAUCUAUGACUAGUCACUCAGGAAGUUAAAUAUAAUGUAUAUUUUUACAUAAAAUGACAGUGUUGAUGAAAAUUCUGUUUAGAGUGAUGUUAAUACAUAGAGAAAAUGGCAAAAUGUUUCACUGCAAGGAUUGUAAGUUUGAAAUUUUGUUUAACAAAACUUUUGUGUUUCAAGAUCCUGUUGCUCUUUCACUGCAAAAUCGUUUCUAAGAAUUCAUUUCCUGAAAACUGUGGAUACUCUGUAUACCACAGCAUUUAUACUGUUUUCCUUUUACUAUAUUAAAUAUGAAAAAAGAGAAUGUGUCCCUUUAUUUUGGCAUCACUGACAUCAAGGGCAUCUGAGCUAGUGUGCUGUUAAUCAUGUCAGUUCACACUUUUGAGUAAGGUUGCCCAUCUUCUGUAGAUUUGCCUUGAUGCAUGACUAGACUGCUGUCAACAUAGAGUGUGCUAUAGAGCUCAGUGUGCGUUCAUUAGUUCCUUUAUUUGCUUUCUGUACCCAGAUGUUUUACAUGUCCAGGCUCUGUGCUUACAUUAAAGUUCCAUUAAAUAGUCAUCAUCAGUUGAA